UGAUCGUCGUCGUUAACGGCGCAGUUAUCCCCGUGAGAAAGGUUGGGGGAGUGUGCGAUAUGUCCUGGACACGCAGAUACCAGCGAUUGUUACCAAGCUCUGUUGUCUGUGGAGAAUGUGAAGUUUGAGCUUCUCGCACAUCUGCAUUUUGUAUGGUGAAUGUGCUCCCACAAUGCGAUUAGAAUGCUGGUUCUGAACAUUCCUGUGAACACUCGUCCUACUCCCAUGUGCCAUGCCCUGCUCCCAAACACGACAUGAUUCCAAUCUGGAGUGUGAUACAGGAGCCUCUGCGUGUCGCAGAGAGAUAUUUCCCAAAAUCUUCAAUGUGUCCUGUAAUCCUUUUAUGAUCAGCUGAUAAGUGUUGAUUUGCAGUUGUCAUAUUGAAACAAAAUCGCAUCCAGAUCUGGCAGUCGCUGUGUUUACCAUAACUUUAUUAUCUCAGGAUUUUGGACAUCAAAGGAAAAAGCACUGCUCACACUGGGGAGAAUCACAGGUUGUGUGUGUGGAAGAGUCAGUGACGGUUCAUUUCAAAUGUCCAAGCGUCAGUACAGUCGCACUGGGGAGAGACUGUGGAAAUGUGGGAAUUGUGGGAAGGGAUUUCUUUACCCAUCCCAGCUGGAAAUGCACCAACGCAGUCACACUGGGGAGAAGCCAUUCACCUGCUCUUGUUGUGGGAAGGGAUUCACUCGAUUAUCCAACCUGCUGGAACACCAACGUAGUCACACUGGAGAGAAACCGUUCACCUGCUCCAAUUGUGGGAAAGGAUUCACUCAAUCAUCCGGCCUGCUUAAACACCAGCGAAUUCACACUGGGGAGAGACCAUUCACCUGUUCUGUUUGUGGGAAAGGAUUCGCUCAGUCAUUCAGCUUGCAUGUGCACCAGCGGGUUCAUACUGGGGAGAGACCAUUCACCUGUUCUGAAUGUGGGAAAAGAUUCACUCAGUCAUCCAGCCUGUUGAUCCACCAGCGAGUUCACACUGGGGAGAGACCAUUCACCUGCUCUGAUUGUGGGAAAGGAUUCAGUUACUCAUCCAACCUGCUUAAGCACCAGCGAGUUCACACUGGAGAGAGACCAUUGACCUGUCCUGUGUGUGAGAAAGGCUUUGCUGAUUCAAACUCCCUGCAGAUCCACCAGCGAGUUCACUCUGGGGAGAGACCAUUCACCUGCUCUGAGUGUGGAAAAGGAUUCACUUGCUCAUCUAACCUGCUGAGACAUCAGAGUGUUCACACUGGGGCGAGGCCAUUUGCCUGUUCUGAGUGUGGGAAGGGAUUUACUCAAUCAUCCAAACUAUUAACACACCAGCAAAUUCACAAAGAACAGCAGCAGAAAGGUUUUGCUCCGCGUCUCACCAAGGAAUGAAUUCUGGUCUUUACGCUGUUGGUACUGAUGUUAUUAAUCCCUGCUCAAAUAAAGGUACUGAUAUUGUCGAUAAAA